CUCAACCAGCAGUCUUCGUGAGCCAAAGAAUUCCAAUUGUUAAAAUCUGCAUCAUCGUUCUCUUUUUCACCAUUGGUAUCCGAUUUCGUUUUGUGGAAGCGAAAACGGCUGUUCGCUCUUACAAAGAAAUAGCAUUAGGUUUAUUCUUGAUAAUACUCGUCGGUCCAGUGUUUUCAACGUGUGUCUUAAACCAGGUUCAAGAAUUCGAUUCAUCCGUUGGGCAUAAUCCAAAUUUGAGAAACAAUUCGAACCAUAGCAGUGAAGGAAAUGCACUUCUUGGUCCAGAGGAGUUUCGUCUUGCAUUGCAAAUAUAUCUCAUGUCUCCAAAUACACCCGCAACCUCACUGAUUAUGGUAACAGCAGCAAACGGUCAUCGAGGCUUGACUGUCUUGGUUUCAAUCCUUUGCAUGAUCAUUUCUGUCUUUACUGUCCCUCCCAUGUUGGGUUUGUUGGUGCCAACGAUGCAGCACGUCAACAUAAGUGUUGGGAAAUUGCUGCUAAAUAUCGUAAUCAGAAUCUUGGUGCCAUUGCUGGCUGGAAUGUGUUUGCGUCGUAUUAGCCCCGUGAAGAAAUUCGUGACAAAAUGGAACAAUACCGUGAAAUACGUUGGAAUAAGUUUCCUCGUAUGCAUUUUCCUUGUCAAAAUCAGUGAAACGAGCGCAAGUGGAAACUUAGAAAAGGUUUCCGUUGUCAAACUCUUACUUGUAAUCGCACUUGGAACAAGUUUCACAAUGUUCAAUCUGCUAUCAAACUAUGGUCUUCUUUCAGUAUUACCAUGUUUGUCAAAGAAAUCAACUGUGACAUUGUCCAUUAUGAGCUGCCUUAGAGUUGUUAGCUUUCCGGCAACCAUUAUCGAUGUUCUACCUGAUAUUAAAGAUGAGGACAGCGAGGAUAUGGAGAGAGGAAAUGAAUUCAAAGAUUCCUAUGUUGAGUCAAAGUUCAACGAAGGCGCAGUUUUUACAAUCUGCACUGAUACAAUUUCGGUCAAAGACGAAAACAAAGACUGA